UCUGAAGGAAAGUCAGCUGUAUCCGCAUGGUUCUGCGGCGAAUGAGUCGUCGGUGCUCAUUCUCCCGGCCGAGGUGUACAAGCACGGCGUUGAGCAUGACUACAGUGAACUCGAUUCGUGCUUCGGGUGCACAAUCAUAUCAGCAGCAGCACCGCGCCCGCAGUCUAAUAUCAGCUACAGCGACCAUUUCCGAGUUGUCCUUUCAGCAGUGCAGAGUGUGGCGCACGAGCAUGCAGAGGGUGGCUUCGAGUCCGUCUUCGUCACGGGGGCGUGGGGCUGUGAUAGUGGUGGCUUUCAGCACGAGGAGGCGAUCAGGACCCAGACGCUUCUGCUCGACGAGGUGCAGUAUGCGUUGGCCGGAGCCGGCGUUUCGGAGGUCGUAUUUGCGUUGCCAGGUUCUUCUCCUGAAGUGAUCGCAGCAAGGAGUGUCGCAGAAGACUUCUCGAAGCGUGUCGACGUCUGUGAACAGCAAUACGGUCGGAGAGAGUCAGAGAUGCUCGCUAGGCUUGACAGCAUGAGUGGAACCUUUUACACAGCAGCGCAGCACAGCACUGCGCCAGACAAUGCGACGCGUUUUGAUGUAGCGACUCCGAGCGCUACGCCAGAGUCACUGGUAGCGAUGUCGGUAGCAUACCGCGGACGUAUGUACCAUGCCGUGCCAGCCGAAAGAGGAUACCACGUCGUGACGAACAGCAACGAGGAGGCGCCGGCUACAGCGAUGGAAAUUGAGGAUCUCCGUUUCCUACUCAGCGGCGAAGACGAGGCAGUCGCCAAGGAGACUGCGAGGUGUGGUGGCAUCUUCAGGAGCGCGAUCCCAGCAGUUACAGAUACGGCGGCUGAGAAGCAGAAGGCAGACGCAAUCGUCGAAGCGGCGUGGGCUGCAUACAAGGCAGACAUGGAGCGCAUGGCGGAGAGCUUCAACCCAGCACUUGAGGAGCUGCAAUCGUCGAAGGCAGCUAGUAUCAUAGAGGACGAGCUCAAACGGGACGAAGGGAAAUGCUUUCAGGCGCUAAUGUAUGACGACGCGACCUUUUGCGGAAACACGUCGAUGGAAAUCGGAUUUAAGCACCUCAAGAACUGUCGCGCAGCUGCCGCGAUGCAGGCAGAGUUCUCAACAGAGAAGACAGAUCUAGGCCGCCGGCGCAAGGUCUUGAUUGGGCGAACAUUGUGCGGCGGCACAACGUCCGUCGUCCGAGAACGGGUCGAGUUUUUCGUCAAUUCAACGACAGUCCCCUUCCAUCAGGGAGAGUUGAAGUCUCGCCUGUGCGUCUUGGUGUGGUGCGACAAUGACGGAAUAUGCGGACACUACUCGACUUUUAUCAAACACGUGCUGACCAAGUGGACGACGUGUCCCGAAGACCGAUACCCCGACAUUGUCAGUGACUCGCUGGCGAUAUUAGCGUGUCGAUUGUUGAAGGCGUCCGCGGCCAUCACUCCCCUGUAUACUGCCGACGAAGAGGGGAUCCACGCGGGCACUUCGCUUUUUGUUAUCUUGAUAGACAGCAAC